CAGUCAUGUGAUCAGCUGUGUCCAAUCACAGCUGAUCACAUGGGGCAUGUACACUAAUCAUCAGGACACUGAUGAUCAGUGUGCCCUGAAGAUCAGUGUAGACCCAGCAGUGCCACCUGUCAAAGUCCAUCAGUGCCAGCUGUCAGUGCCUAUCAGUGCCACAUCAAUGCCACAUAUCAGUGCAUACCAGUGCACAUCAAUGCCACAUAUCUGUGCUGCCUUUCAGUGUCAUCCAUCAGUGCCAGCCAGUGCCACCUAUCAAUGCCAAUCAGUGCCACCUAUC